AUGGGCUGCCAGACAUGUGUCGCUUUGUGUACUGCAGAGGACCCUGCUCCGAUCCCGCCCGCCAGCACCGCGCCUCUCCUCACGAAUCAGGCAUCCCUUUCCUUCCGCGCCGCAGCGCCCCCCAUCCCUUUUUCCCGCACAGCAAUCUCUCCCUCAAAUCAGUCCCCUCCCCGUCCCUGCGUUUGCCGCCGCCGCUCCCAACCGCCGGCGCCGCUAUGGGAGGUGGGCGCGGGGUACCCGCUCGUGGACUGCGCCGUCUGCAUCGCGGAGGUCGCCGCGGGGGAGGCCGCCCGCAUGCUGCCCCGGUGCGGCCACGCGUUCCAUGUCGAGUGCAUCGACAUGUGGCUGCGCUCCCACUCCACCUGCCCGCUCUCCCGCUGCGCGGCCGUCGACGAGGCGGCGGCGGCGGUGCCCCCGCGGGCUCCCGGGGCCGACCUGGAGUCGGCCAACUUCCCCAUCGCAACGCUAGCGGAGCUUCCCCCGGCGGCGCGCCAGCCGCCGGCGGUGCCGGCGCAGGCGCCGCAGCUGAUUCCAGGGUCCAUCACCAGAGUCGCGACCGUCGUGGAUGCGGCAAGGGUAGCCGCCCUACGCUGGCUGCUGGGCUGCAGCCUCGUGACACCGUCUCCACCGACGCCACCGCAGCAGCAGCAGCAAGACUUCUCCCCCAGUCGACGGACUUGGCGGACGGCGACUCCGCUGCGAUGGAGACCUCAUCUGCACGAGCGGGCGCCUAUGGUGAGCUCCUUGAUGACCUCUGCAUCAAGCUCUUCCACGACGAGCGGAUACCCCACCUGAUCAUUGCUGGCCGCCUAGCCCCUCUAGAUCUAGCUCGCCAAGGUGCUCAAUCAUUUGGGGAAGCACAAGAUGGCGGCGGCAAUUGCGCAUGAAGCCCUCUGCUGCAUCCUGGCGAGAUCGCGAGAAGCCUUGAGGUAACUAAUCUCGCUUAUUCUGCUUGUGCCUACAUCCCAUUAGAAGUUGCUCAAUGGUUUGACUCUUGCCACAGGUGAAUAAGAUGUGGGCGGGGCUUUGCCACUGCUAAGAUUAACUUCUGUCUCGAGGAGAAGCACAAAUAUGUUCUGCUUCAUGUGUGAAUCUCGGAGAAUGGAACAUAUGCCACGAAGAAGCUGCCCCGGCUUCGAGGAACCCUACUCCACGGGGAGUGACGCCGACGGUGGCGGCGAGGACGACGAUGAGGCUGUCUCCUCCGAGGAGCAGGACCAGCUGCCACUCACAUCCAUGGCCAAGCGCUUCUCGCUCGUGCAAUCCAUGGAGAUCCCCAACAGCAACGGUGGCUGCGCCCGCCAAGUUCGACCACGCCUCUGGCACUUCAAGACCAAGGGCACCUACGGCUAUGGCAACGCGCUCUGGCCCAAGGACGGCCUCGCCGGCGGUAGCGUCGGAGGCAUCCGGUCUUCCCCGGAGCGAAUCUUCACCGCUGUAGCAACUGAAUCAACCGUGAUAUAAAUGUUUAUUUUCACCACAACUUUGACCUGAUUGCUUAUUUUCAUCAUAUAUAGUUUUUUUAAAAUACUUCUUGUAACUAAAAUUUAGUGCAGUUAUUUUUUUAUAAUAUUAUUCUUCAAACA